AUGGUACCUGGCCUGGCGCCUCGACGGGAGGAGGAGGAGGAGAAGGGAGAACGAGGAGGAGAGGAGAAGCGGAGGUGGAUGGGUGGAAGAGACAAGGAAAGACAAACCAGACACAACGACAGCUUCUUCAUGCCAUCUCGUCUUGCUCAACCUCUACCAACUGGUGUCAGGAGCGGGGAAACGGUCUCUCUGCUAGGACGGUCCGCGAGCUGGCAGAGGAAGCUGAAGUAUCCUCUUGCGAUGACUAUCAUUGCUUGCUCUUUGUUGAUUCUGCUUGUGCUCUCUCCAAGCCCCAAGAGUACGGAUCUGGUAAGCUUUGUGAUUGCUCGCUUUCGAGUGUAUGGUCACAAUUCCAAGGUUCAGGUUGAAAGGAAAGAUGAUGGGCUUGCAUUCUUCUCGCGGUUUGCUGAAAGACCGGCUGAGAAGAGCCUUGGGCGUGCAAGACCUUAUCAUGGAACUGCCAACAAGAUGAAACACCAGCUACUGCAGCCUGUCCAGUCGGUCACUCGUGAUCGACUGCUGAAGCAGCUGAAGUCCUUGAUCCGCUCCCGGGGAUCGGAUGAUAGGCCUCAGGAGAGUCAAAAGGAGUUAAGAGAGCAUGGACGAUUGCACUCUAUGAGGAGCGCACCCCUUACUCCUCAUCACCUCACGUCGGCACCAAAACCGCAGCUUGCUCAGAUCAGGAUUCGGACCAAUUGUGCCCUUUCUGGGAUGAACAACGUCUUGCCAUGCGAUCAAGAGGAAGGGAUGGAGAAUGACUGGAAGACUCUCCAAGGCGUUGACGACCUUGAUCGUAAUCUCAUCGCUUCGUUGAAGCAUGCAACCGUCAUCCAGCCACUCCCUCCCCCUCCUGUGCCUGUGGUACAGGCACCUGUUGGGGCGUAUGUGCAGCCAGCUCCUGUCCAGCAGGUGCAGGUUCAAGUUCCCAACCAGAUCACUUCUGUUUUGCGUAAUCUGCAAGGACUGAUCGACAAUCUGCAACUCAAGCUCUCAUUGCAAUCGGCGGCGAGAGAAGGCCCUCCGGGUCCUCCGGGUCCAGAAGGCCCAGCAGGAGAAGACGGAACUCCUGGCAAGGACGGCCAGGAGAGUCGAUCGUGGGCCCACCUGGUCGUCCAGGAAGAAUGGGACCCAGAGGCGAGCCUGGAGUCCCAGGAAAAAUGGGCCCUAGAGGACAAGAUGGUGCUCCUGGCCCCCAAGGCAAGGAUGGGCAACCUGGACCCCAAGGUCCACAAGGCCCAGCAGGUGCCGUUGGUCCCCAGGGGCCAGCAGGUCAAGGAACUCGAGGACCACCAGGUGAACCUGGCAAGGAAGGUUCCCCAGGACCACGAGGCGAACCCGGACUUCCUGGACGAGCCGGGCUCACGUGGUGAUCCUGGUCCCAUGGGUCCUCCUGGUCCUGCAGGACCAGCUGGAAGUGCGGGACCAGCUGGGGCAUGUACGGCCCUCCUGGCCCUCCUGGACCCCAAGGAGAAUCAGGAAAGCGUGGAAGACGAGGACGACGAGGACCUGGUGGCCCUGCCGGAGAGCCUGGUCUUCGAGGGCGAAUUGGAAGGCCAGGCAACCCCGGACCUCCCGGUCCUCAAGGACCAGAAGGUCCCAUUGGACUUCCCGGCAUCCCAGGACGAGGACAUCCUGGUCCCCCGGGACCCCCAGGGCUGCCGGGAGCUGAUGGAGCCAAGGGAUCUCCGGGAGAAGUUGGGCCUGCUGGACCCGCAGGUGCUCAGGGCUCCCCUGGCCCUGUCGGAUCUCCAGGACUACCAGGUGCUGAUGGACCCCCAGACUUGCAGGACCUCCUGGGGCACCCGGAACCGCAGGAUCCCCCGGGACCUCAGGAUCCCCCGGGACCGCAGGAUCCCCCGGAACCGCAGGAUCCCCCGGAACCGCAGGAUCCCCCGGGACCGCAGGAUCCCCCGGGACCGCAGCAGCUCCCAAGGGCACACCUGGUACACAAACUCCGUGCCUGCUGGUGGCAGCGGAGGGACGCCGGGAGGGAAGAAUGCGGCUCCUCUUGCUCCAGAUGCGAACCGGCGACCCAAGUCUCCUGCGGGCGAUUCGCCGGACUCCGAUGGUUUGACCGAGUCUUAUCCCCAGUGGAGCAAGGGCUUCAACAUCCCAUAUCAUGGACAAGUGGGGGAGUGGAGGCCAGAGAGAGGCCCCCCGUAUGCAGCUCAGGUCACCCUGUAUGCCGACAAGACGGUCGAAGAGCUUCGAAGCGGCGAAAUCAUCAGAAAGACGUUGGGCCUGCACACGGCGAUGGGAAAGAAGUGCGACCUGCAUGAUUGCAGCCACGCGUGGGUAGGAAACAGAUUCCUCGGCUCCUUCGACGGCUCUCAGUUCCGAUUUCUCUACCGCAAUACUGAUUCGGUCCUCGUCAUCCCAUCCUUUCGAGCUGCCGCCCCCAUCCUUGGAGCGCGGGGCCUCUACCGGCUGCACCACUACUUGAGGGAUGGUCGCAACACGGUUGUGGUCACCGGAGGCGUUGGCAACCUCUGGUUCAUCAACGGCAACAUCGCUACCCUUGACGGCGGUUUCAACCUCGAGCCAAACUCGGUCGACGGACCUUUCGAGGCCCAGCCUGCUGUUGUCAACUCGCCCUUCGAGUCGCUCGCCGCGACGUUCCCCGGACCAGGGGCCGUCGUGGGUGCCAGACUCUCCUCUCUCCCCAGCAACGCCAUCAGCUACUACGAGGCGGAAGACACGUCCGUCUUGUUCGAGAUCCCCCUUGGGACAGGAAGGAUCGUCUAUCUCGGAUACGGAUUCCCGGACACUUCCAGGGACUGGAUGCAAGCAUUGAUUGCUGCAACAAGUUAUCCCGAGUUUGUGAAGCAUAGAUGA